AUGGAGGCAUUAUCACGGCAGGAGUAUCCUGCUAUGCUGGAACGUCUGCCCCCAGCCGGAGCUGUUGCGAAACUCAAUGAGCGCGUGAAGAGGAUUGGAAAGGUUAAUAGUGAGAUAGCGGAUUGGCUCCAGGAGCGCCGGAAGGUCGAGGAAGCAUAUGUUGCGGGACUGAAGAAGCUUGCACGCAGACCACUGCAAGAGGUCGGAGGUGAACUGGGUGUCUUCGAUGCCGCCUGGAAGAAGAUCAUUUUCGCGACCGAGUCCAUAGCACAGUCCCAUGCGACACUGUCGCACGGGAUAGAAGCAGAUGUCGAGCAGCCGUUGCGGAACUUCGUGGGGAGCAAUCGCGAGAUGCAGGCGAUGACUACAAUCCAGGGCAAUUUGGCGGCCAUGGCUAGGGAAUUGGACUCUGCUCAAGACAAGUCCGACAAACUGACCAGGAAGGGUGGCAAGGCUAGCACUCAGAAGGUAGAGACCGCUACCUCACAGCUCCAGAGUGCCAAACAACAAUGGGAUUCGCAGGCGCCAUUCGUAUUCGAAACCCUUCAGGCCUUGGACGAGACUCGGUUGAACCACCUUCGCGAUGUCCUCACGCAAUACGAAACACACGAGGCGGACCAGAUUGAGCGGAACAGGGUUACAGUUGAGGAAACUCUAAGUGCCUUGUUAGAGGUCGAUACAGCGCAAGAGAUUCGAGCCUGGUCCAAUUCAAACAAUUCCAGGAAGCCAGCGACAGAGCGGAGGACAAGACAGCCAUCUCAUGAUGCGGGCAAUACAUCGCAAACUGCGACUCCACGUGCACCACCAGCACCUCCAGUGCAUAGCAAUACCGACAGCGCGAGCAUGAGAUCAAGUGAGAAUUCUGCGCGGCAAUCUAAGUUGAAGAGCCGGUUUGGUACAAUGCUUGCGCGGAGACGACAAAGUAUUCAUGGCGGAUUCAACCUAACACCUUCGCCCCCUAAAGGCUUUACAAACUUUAGUCGAAACACCCACAGCAGGGAAGGACCGCCACAUCCAUCUCCUCGCGCCUCGUCAGGUAAUUUGCGGGAGUCGCCGCCCGCUCCUCAUGAUAACCGUCUAUCUGCCCUUGCAGAAUCUCCAACAGGCCCCGCAUCCGCCAACGGCGGUGCUGAUGGUGCAAAUCCACAGUCAGGGCUCAUUGCAGAUGUGCUACCUACCACCGCAGCUUCGAAUGCCUCCAAUGGCACUACUACUUUCGGAUCUCCUAAUUUAGCUGGCGUUCAUCCUCCUCCCGGCCCACCACCACACCGCUCGAGUUCCUCCCCUCAGAACAGUAGAGAUUCCGAGGGCUUCAUUGUGCGAGGAGCAAUGAACGACCCCAUUUCCCAAGCACAACAUGACGCAGCGAUGGAGGCAGAACAGCAUCAAUUCAAACUUGAUAUUCGACGAGAUCCCAUUCCAGAGCAAGAUGCGGAUGCACAAGCAGCGUUAUCAAAUGUUGCCAACACCCUGAGACACGCUCAAUCGGUAACCCCAAGUCGCAAGUUGGGAACUGUGAGAGGACGACGAGAUGUUCGAAAUACAAUUUAUGUGCCCAACUCGUUGGAUGUCCCAACGCACGACCACCCGCUGCCGCCGUCUCCAGGGAUUGCAGCUGGUAGGGCUGCAGCUCUGGCAUCAUUAUCAACAAGCGAACAUGCUGCGCCUGCGCCAAUUGCAUCCGACACGACGUCGAUUCGCUCAGGCCACUCGCUCACGACUAAUGCUGUAACGAAACACGCUGAUAUGCAUCAACCCGGGCUUAAUGCCUCAAUCAUUGAAACAGUGAGUGCAACAUUCGAAAAUGGAACCAUUCAAACGGCAAAGGUGAGCGGCGAGGUCGCUCUUGUCUAUAAUAAGGUUGACAUUGAGGAUGAAGCACCACCCACACAUGAGACUAUUCGAGUCAACAAUUUUCCUAAUCUAGAAGCCAUUGGGCCAAAUCGGACAUUCCUUCACCCAGUUUCAGAUGACAAGUCAGACGAGUUCACAGUCGACCUUGCAUCUAUUUCAUCAAAGCCCGCAGCGGCAUUCACAUACAGAGUACACGUUGACGAAACGAAUUUAGCCUCUCAAGGUCCGCUCCUUAUCAAACCGGCUUGGAAGCCACAAGGCGAUAAACUAGCUCUCGUCGUAGAGUAUUGCCUGAAUCCAGCAUACAGCUCCGAACCCGUAUUAUUUAAUAAUCUUGUCCUCAUCGCAACAUAUACUGGUGCCAGAGCUACCGGCUGCCAAACCAAGCCAACCGGCACCCAUCUCAAAGAGAAGUCACUCGUUUACUGGCGCUUGGGGAAUCUGAGUCUUUCACAGGAGUGGCAUAAGGUAAUUUGUAGAUUUGUUGGUUCCGAGGGCGCCGUGCCAGAGCCGGGCCAUAUCGAGGCGAAAUGGGAGGUUCAUAGUUCUGCUGCACACCCGCUCCUGAGCGGUAUCAGUCUCUCACGCUUGGAUUCUAGCAAGGGCAGGGACAAAGAGGAGAGCGUAGACCCAUUCGCCGAUGAUUCCGUAUCGUCGACGUCAAAUUGGGUAGAUGUUGACAUCAGCAAAAAGCUCGUGGGUGGAAAGUAUGAAGCCAGAUAA